UCCAAAACCAUGGUCACAUGCCUUCUCUUCUUCCCCGUCUUCCUCAUCCUUCUACAAAUCCUUCCGACACUAAUCUUCUGUCAUAAGAAGAACAAUAAUCCCGGCGGCGGCCCCAGAACUUACCCCCUCAUCGGAUGCUUCGUAGACUUCUACAAGAACCGCAACAGACUUCUGGACUGGUACACCGAACUCCUCGCGUCAUCUCCCACGCAGACUGUCGUGGUCCACCGGCUAGGCGCCCGGCGAACCGUGCUCACCGCCGACCCGGCCUGCGUCGAGCACAUCCUCCGCUCCAACUUCGCCAACUACCCCAAGGGAAAGCCCUUCACCGAGAUCCUCGGCGACCUUCUCGGCCGCGGCAUCUUCAACGCCGACGGCCAGCUCUGGCACGCCCAGCGCAAGCUCGCCAGUCGCGAAUUCACCACGCGGUCGAUGCGCGAGGGCCUUAUUACCGAGCUCGAGUCCGAGACCAGCGUCCGACUGCUGCCUCGGCUUCGGGACGCCAGCGUCACCGGACGCCACGUAGACGUGCAGGACCUGCUCCGGCGGUUCGCCUUCGACGUCAUCUGCCAAGUCUCACUCGGGAUGGACCCCAGGUGCCUCGAAGGCGACCCGAGCAACGCCUUGUCGCCGGAGUCGGAACUAGCGCGGGCUUUCGAGGUGGCAUCGGCAAUCAGCGCGCGACGCGGUGCGGCACCGGUGGCCAUGAUUUGGAAGCUAAAGCGGGCAUUAGGGAUCGGAACGGAGCGGAAGCUCCGCGAGGCGGUGAGCCUGAUCCACUCCCAAAUCAUGGAGCUGAUCCGGGCGAGGAAAGCGGAGAUGGAGAAGGGCGUGGUGGAACGUAGCAACGACGACUUCUUGACGAGGUUGAUUUACAGCGGCCAGAAUGACGAGUUGGCCCGCGACAUGGUGAUCAGCUUCCUAAUGGCCGGGCGGGACACCACCUCCGCCGCGCUCACCUGGUUCUUCUGGCUCAUCGCGCGCCACCCGGACGCGGAACGCGAGAUCGUGGACGAAUUGGAGCGACUCGGAGGGCGAUUGGACUACCAUUCGAUCAAGGAAAUGAGGGUUUUGGAGGCGUGCCUGUGCGAGAGCAUGCGGCUUUUUCCCCCGGUGGCGUGGGAUUCCAAGCACGCCGCGGCGGCCGACGUGCUCCCGGACGGGACGAGGGUGGAGGCGGGGGACCGAGUGACGUACUUUCCUUACGGGAUGGGGCGAAUGGAGAAGAUUUGGGGGGAAGGAUGCGGGGGGUUCGACCACAGGAGGUGGCUGGAGGCGGACGGGAGCGGAGGGUCGGUAGCGGCCAGAGCGUCGCCGUACAAAUUCCCAGUGUUCCAGGCGGGGCCGAGGGCGUGCCUUGGGAAGGAGAUGGCGAUGGUGCAGAUGAAGUAUGUGGCAGCGGCAAUGCUCUGGGAUUACGAGCUGAGGAUGGCGGAGGAGCAAACGCCGGUACUGGUGCCGCUGCUGACGGCGCACAUGGCCGGCGGGCUGCCGAUGGUGGUGAAGAGGAGGAAUAGAAGUGGCGAUGCAUCCUCCCAAAUUAAAAAAUAAUAUUUAUUUAUUUAUUUAUCUUAAUUUCAUUGUUGAUUAUUAAGUCACGCCCAGUGACCUGGGUGAUCAGAUAGAGUAGAAAGGGAGGUGUGGUAAGGAAAACACUCUUUUUUCUUUAUCAUUUGAAUUCGUCUGGA